CAGGAUUGGUCAAACUAUAAACGCGGAAGUGGAAGAUGACUCAGCAGAAUGAAUUCCAAGUCUAUAAAUGUGGUGGCGACUUGAUUGAAACGAGGAAAACGCUUUCUCAUUGUUGGUAGCGUGGUGACAGUCUUGUUGAGAAGCAGGCGACUUCCUAGUAAUGGAAUUCCCAAACCUGGGUGAACAUUGCUCUGAGAAGACUUGUAAACAAUUGGACUUUCUACCUCUGAAGUGUGAUGCAUGUGGAGAUGUCUUCUGUAAAGACCACUUUGUAUAUGACCGGCACAACUGUUCUUCUGCAUACAAAAAGGAUGUGCAGGUUCCAGUUUGUCCCUUGUGUAACACUCCCAUCCCUGUUAGAAAGGGGGAGAGGCCAGAUGCUGUGGUUAGUGCUCAUAUCGACCGAGACUGUAAACAGGAUUCUACCAAACAGAAGCAAAAGAUCUUCACCAACAAGUGCUUCAGCCCAGGUUGCAAAAAGAGAGAGAUGAUGAAGCUGGUUUGCGACCAGUGUCACCAGAACUUCUGCCUCAAGCACAGGCACCCGCUGGACCAUGGCUGCCAAGGACAAAGCCGUGCCAUUUCCAAAGCAGGAUAUGCAGCUUUAAUGAGAUCCUUGGAAUCCCAGAAGAUGGCUCUGGGCUACCAAGUUCUGCAAAACAGGUCCCAAGCAAAAUGCUGACGCCCUACAACCAGAAUCAAAAACUACCUCACCCUGUUGAUUGCAGUAGAUGUAUUUUUUUUAAAAAGUCUACACUUUUUCUGUACUACUUUCAUAUCUGUAUUUUCUUCUCAAUAAAAUGGCUUCUUACCAUA